AUUCAAUAUUUAAAUGACUUGUGAAUUAGCGAUUUAUCGUUCUUUUUUUAUCAGUCUAUUUUUAUCCUUAAAAAGUGUCAGUGGAUAAAAAUGAGCUGUUCAGUGCUAAAUUCACUUGUUUGUGUCACUAGUAGAGGUUAAAAACAUAUUUAUUAAAAUUACUCCAAAAUUUUAGUGGAAAAAUUUCUUCUUUUCAAAAAGAAUAAUAUAUUUUUAUUUCACAUUCCACCUUGACUUGCCAAGAACCGUAAAAAUGUCUUCUCAAAUUUCAUUGGACGAUCGUAUGUUGAAGUCGGUCCGUAAAAUAGUCCCGUCUUUGACCACAACAAAGUACAAGGGCCAAGACGGCAGGAUAGGAAUUUUCGGGGGCAGUAUGGAGUACACCGGAGCACCCUACUUUGCAGCAAUGAGUGCAUUCCGAACGGGGGCGGACUUGGUCCACAUUUUCUGCACAAAAGACGCGGCAACAGCGAUAAAAUCUUUCAGCCCUGAGCCGAUAGUCCACCCGCUAUUGGACCACGCGGACGCGAUCCGGCAAAUCAAGCCGUGGCUGGACAGACUCCACGUGAUUUUAAUCGGACCGGGUCUGGGAAGAGACGAGAAAAUUUUCAAAAUUAUCGCGGAACUGAUAAGCAUUUGCCGCGAAUUGAAGAAGCCCUUGAUAUUGGACGCGGACGGCUUGUUCCUGCUCUGCCAGAAGCCGGACUUGAUCCGCGACUACCCGGGAGUGAUAAUGACCCCGAACGCGAUGGAGUUCAGCAGAUUGGUCAAGGCUUUCCUGGAUCGCACGGUCCAGCCGGCUCCGGUGGUAAAAAUUUCCGAGCUCAAGCAUCUCGCGGACUCUAUUGGUAAAAAUGUGGUGAUCAUAAACAAGGGCGCGAAGGAUGUCAUCGUAGAUGGCCAGAAGGGCAGCGAGGCCGUAACUUGCGCGACCUCCGGCUCCGGAAGACGCUGCGGUGGCCAGGGAGAUCUUCUGGCUGGCUCGCUGGCCGUUUUCUGGUGGUGGGCCAUCACUGCCGGGCCUAGUGAGUGCACUAUCUCCACUCCGGCUAUCACUGCUGCCUACGCGGCCUCCAGGUUGACCAGGGAGUGCAAUGCCAGCGCUUUCAAGGACAAACAGCGCGCUAUGCUCACUACUGACAUGCUAGAACACAUUCAUCCGGUUUUUACAAGACUUUUUGAAAUUAAUAACAAAUUGUCUUCUAAUGGAAAAAUUCCUCGGAUGAAAAGUGGAGAAUUAUAAAAAAAAUAAAAUCAAAUCAAGACUUGUUACUUUUUUAAAAUUUAUUUUUUAGAUAAUACAAAUAAUAAAAUAUUUUAUAUAUGUGGUACAGUUUAUAAUAUA